AUGGGUUGCUGCCACAGUCGAAAACACUCUGCCAAUGAGGAGGAUCCCUCUGUGGCACCAAAAAACAAGCAUCUCGCAUCUGGUAAGCACUCGGCUGUGAGGAGAACGCCAUCCGACUCGGAUCUCAAAUCUAACUCCUUGACUCCAAACGUGCAGCCACAGGGUUCAACAGCUGAGGACGAAGAACAUGAAAGACGAAUUGCGCAACGAGAUCGAUUAGAAGAGCAACGCCGGCAGAACGAGCUGGAGCGGCUCAAAGAACGCGGCGGCUUUAUUUCGUAUCAACAGUCCCACCCUGGAGCAGGCGCUUCACCCGAAGAGAUGGAGAAGCCAAUUCUGGAGCUGAAAGUACUGCCACAUGGAGUCGAAAAUUCGAAACAUAAAAUUAACACCCCACCCACAGAACUAGUUCAGACUAAACCUAGGAGUCCACCAAUGAAGGAAGAUAGCAUCACUUUUAGUGAAGCUGAGGGAGAAGUGACUACAGGGGUAAAGGGCACGGUGUUGCCCGUCUCUGAGCCCCCUAGUGCAAGUACUACUCCUCUCAAAGGCAGCAGCACGCGGCAGCCGUUGAAUUCAGCGACCCCUUUGCCUGCGGAUGCGGGGGUGUUCAGCCAUCUAGAGAAGGAAAAUUCGGAAGGUAGGACCAAUGGUGAUAUAAAGAACAUCAAUCAAUCAGAAGAUUCGGGUGAAAACAACUCAAGGGUAGUGCCAGAAAGUAAGCACCAAGAUCGUAUAAAAGAAACUCAGUCACUUUCUCCAAACGGUAGAGAAGGGUCUUUAAAUAAUCUAGAUCAAACGCCAAAUGAGGCCGUGCGGGUGUGGAGCACGGCUACGAUUGAAGAUGUUCAGUCGCCGUGUGAUAAACAGCGGCGGCAUUCCUUAUCAAUGGAAGAUUUUCCCGAUACAAAUUCAGAUUGUGAAACGCAAUAUUUCAACAGUAGCAAAAUUAUUAUGAAGAAGCUGCCCCCACCUCCAACCCCAGAUCACGGAGAGGAGUCUGCUCAACAGACCAUGCAAGUGCGAAAUGAUGAGACAGAGAAAACGCAGGAAGCAGGGAGUGGUGUAACCCCGAUCAAAGAAAAAUCACCACUUUACUCGGCAAAUCAAAAAUUGGAUAGUACAAGGCCUUGGGAAGGAGUAGAACUUGCCGACGUCGCUGAGCUGAAUAGCGAAAAAGACGACUCCCUGGCUGUGGGGCUCGACCAAGUAGCGGUAGUGCUCCCGUUAGCGAGAGAGGAAGGUGAUACGAUGAGUGAUGCGGAGGCAUCCCGCAGUGGUGGGAGAGAUGACCCAUUACCUUUUCUAUCGUUUACCGGCGAGAAAUCCGCACGAAGCGCUCUCAGCACGAGUGAAAAUGAAGGGAAACUGUCAAUAACGCAUCAUGUGUCUGGAACAGAAAAAUACGAGACCCCCACAGAUGUUCCUAAUCUUGGAAUAUCGAAUCAAUCGCACAAGCAACCCCACCUUAUCCAAGCUGAAGACUCAUUUCUACAGGGGACCCCUAUGAAUGGUAUGGCAUCUAUGAGUGCGAACUCUUCUGGGGGUGGAAAGGAAUACGAAAUGGGGUUUUCUGGUCACCAUGCAGACGCAAACGAUCUCAACAGCCUUUUCAAUAACCAUUAUAACCAUGUAAGCCCCGUAACCACGAAAGCUGACCUGGUGGAGACAAUUUUAUAUCCAACGUCUCAUUCAAGUGGGUCUGAGUCAAGAAGUCUGGCCGAAAAUGCAGCGUGGCUGUCGCUUCCCGAAGCAUAUGCCGAUAUGAUUUCAAAGCGAAUGCUCAACGGCAAAGGGCACAACGAGCUAAGAUGCAGCGUUGUGAGCGACCAAAGUUCAGAAGUUCGACCCUUCCUUCUUCAGUCAAAUGCGGGAUCCUUACCGGUGAUAGAGGAAGGGAUAGACCGUAUCGAUACCUUCGGAGCUCGGCAAACCCCGGACCGGAAACCGGAACUGAGUUCUGAGAGCAGCAUUACCGCGAUCGCCGUAACAGCAGGAGCGGUCCCUCCACGACGGUGGCCUCCUCUCAAUCCCCCAUUGCCUUCCCCUAUUAACAGUACCAACAUUGAUGCUGAUGGCGCCAAUGAGUCAAGCUUAAGAAAAGAAAUGUAG